GGCGCAGAAGCCCGGGCGCCCCGGCGGCCCGCGGAAGGGACCCGGAGCCAUGGGCCGCAGGAAGGUUGCGCGCGGGGCCGGAGCUGAAGGCGGCCGCGCUCGGCGCCCUGCGGGCCGCUCCCUGGAGGCCUUCGCGGAGGAGGUGGGCGCCGCGCUGCGUGCGGCCGUGGAGCCAGAGGCGGACGAGGACGAGGACAGCCCGGGCCCGCCGCGGCUGCCCUGCGCGCUGGCCAUGUGGGAGCUGGGCCACUGCGACCCCCGGCGCUGCACCGGCCGCAAGCUGGCCCGCCUGGGCCUGGUGCGCUGCCUGCGCCUGGGCCACAGGUUCGGUGGCCUCGUGCUCAGCCCCAUGGCCUCCCAGUACGUGUCCCCUGCGGACAGACAGCUAGUGGCACAAUCUGGGGUCGCUGUCAUCGACUGCUCCUGGGCCAGACUGGAUGAGACACCAUUUGGGAAGAUGCGGGGGGGCCACCUGCGGCUGCUGCCCCACCUGGUGGCCGCCAACCCUGUGAACUAUGGCCGGCCCUGCAAACUGUCCUGCGUGGAGGCUUUUGCGGCCACCUUCUGCAUCCUGGGCUUCUCAGACCUUGCUGUUAUUUUGCUGCGGAAGUUCAAGUGGGGCAAGGGCUUCCUAGACCUGAACCGCCAGCUCCUGGACAAGUACGCAGCCUGCACCAGCCCCGAGGAGGUGCUGCAGGCAGAGCAGGAGUUCCUGGUCCACGCCAAGGAGCACCCCGAGGAGGAGGAAAUUGAUCCCUUUGACGUGGAUUCAGGGAGAGAGUUUGCAAACCCCAACAGGCCCGUGGCUGGCACCCGGCUGCCCAUGGACAGUGGUGACAGUGACGGUGACAGUGAGGAUGAGCCUGAGGAACAUGGGCCUGAUCCUGAGCAAGAAGGAAGCAGCAGCUGCUCCGAAAAGGAGGGGACUCCAGAGCGAGGGGCUGAGGCCCGGGCCCCCACAGAGGUUUGGAAAGGAAUCAAGAAACGGCAGAGAGACUGAAGGUUGCGGACACGUGUAUUUUUCGAGGCAGAGUGAUAAGGAAAUCUAGAGAUGGCGGCGGAACUCGUGGGAACACAGGCAGGCCUGGUGGCCUUGGCCCCUUGCAGCUGCCAGCAGGACUGGACUCUGUCCAGGUUCUCUCCCAGCACUUCUAACAUGGCCUGGCUCUGGGUCCUGCCUCGGAGCCCUGCCAAUGAAGCUGCAGACCAAGGAGA